GCUCAUCCUCACUGCUUCGAGAGGGCCAGAGUCCUCUCACCUCUCACAACCUUUACUACUCAAAAUUAUUAAGGGGGGGUUUAGAGUAGGACGGCCCACGACGGCCACCAUGAUAGGGACUUCUUCCACAAGUCCAAGAUGAGUGACUCCUCCGCCGCUCCCUCCACCAUGAAAGACCCUCCAGCGGCUUCACUCCCUGCGACUAGUAGCAGAUCAGAGGUGGCUUCUUUGCCAUCAGCAGCAACACAGGGAUGGGGGAAUGUGCCCUUGCCAAUUCUGAGAGCCGAAGCAAAUCUCUCCGAAAAGCAGAUUUUGACUGCUGUGGACGACAAUACCAAUACAAGCAAAGAUGAACCUGCUGUAAUAAGAGAAUCGGUCCGCCUCUUUGAGGAGACUCUUUAUGCAGACAAAAACUCCAAGACUGAGAAAGCAGCCGACAAUAUCGACGGGUCGGCGUCCAGUCGGCACGGAUCGCUGUCCAGUCAACACCAAGAUCCAAUCCCCGGUCCUCCCGAAUUUCGAAGUGCUGCUCGCAUUGCGGUAGAAUCCCGGCCAGGUGCCUUUCCAGUGGCUGGCAUUUCAGCAACAAGUGAUGACUUGCUUAGUGGCGGCGAAGAAAAUGGCUCUGACCAAAACAUACAUGAACGCACAGAAGCGCAGGAAUGGUUGGAAUUCAACACUGCCAACGAUUUCUACAACGAUGAAUACCCCACGGAAUACCCAAUUGAGGCAAGUGUGGUUGACGAAAAUGACUAUGAGGAUGCCAGUGUUCAUCGUCCACAAGUCCUGGAAGAGGCAACCAACGUCAAACCACUUCCUCCUACUAGACCCAAAAAAGAGAGAUCAUCAAAGGUUGGUGUCUUUGUCAUAUUUCUCUUGCUAUUUGUGGGGAUAUUGGUAGCGAUUGUGCUGAUAUCAACCCUUUCACAAGAUCAUGACAAAGCGUCUGAUGAGAUCCCUAGUCAAGAAGGACAGCCUGCAGAGAUUCCUAUGGAAGAGGAAAUCACUGCCACAUACCCACCCUUUGACAACGGCACCCUUCCUCUCAGCACACAAACGGACAUCCUUGACAAUCCUGGGAGCCCAAGGUACAAAGCUAACACAUGGAUGUGGGAAGACCCACUCUUUGAGUCGUAUCUAAGUUGGCGCCAACACCAAAGGUUUGCCAUGGCUGUGAUUUAUUUCUCCACAGAGGGUGACAACUGGCUUCGGAAAGAUGAUUGGUUGUCCUAUGAGGUGCCAGAGUGCCAAUGGUUCUCUCAGAGUGAUAGUCCAACAGUCUGUGAUGAAGACGGAAGACUGGUUAUUCAAGACUACAAAUACAACAAUUUGGGUGGCACUCUGCCCUUUGAAUUCCAGCUUGCAUCAACAAAGAUUGCUGACUACUCCAACAACAAUAUCUCGGGUUAUCUGCCGCAGCUGACUGAUACUAAUCGCUUGGAAGAAUUCAUUGUCUCCAACAACAGAAUCAGACCAUAUGCUGUUGUGGCAGACUCUGGCCUUAUUGGAGAAUACCGAAAAGUCAUCAAGAUUGAUUCCAACAACAUUGAAUUCAAAAACAUGGGACUAUUGAGUGUGUUUCCAAGUUUGGAAGUUUUGAACAUGACCAAGAAUGUGAUUGCCAGCACAUUGCCCAUGGAAGUACAGCUCACACCAAACCUCACCUAUUUGGGAAUAGGUGACAAUCUUUGUGUGGGGACUGUGCCCACGGAGCUUGGUUUGCUUCCUGCACUGACUGGAUUGGACAUUUCGGACAACCUUGAUCUUCAAGGAACUCUUCCCACAGAACUUGGGCUACUGUAUUCCCUUGUUGACUUGGAUGUUUCCAACAAUGAGGCUUUGAAUGGAACUCUUCCAGAAGAGCUUAGUGCAUUGGAGAAUCUGGUUCAUUUGGAUAUUUCUGGGACAUCGAUUACUGGCAUGGUCCCCAUGGAGUUGUGCUCGAGAAACAACAGUGGUGUUCUUUCGUUGAUUGCCAACUGCAGUCAGCUGGAGUGCUGCUAA